GAAAGGAACCUCAGUUUAAUUACUUCACCAUCAUUGAAAGGAGAUGAGUGGACACGACUCAAAAUACUUCUCUACAACCAAAAAGGGAGAAAUCCCUGAACUCAAAGAAGAGCUCAAUUCUCAGUAUAAGGAUAAGAAAAAGGAUGCUGUAAAGAAGGUGAUUGCUGCUAUGACGGUUGGGAAAGAUGUUUCCUCGUUGUUUACUGAUGUCGUGAACUGCAUGCAAACAGAGAAUCUCGAGCUGAAGAAACUUGUUUAUUUGUAUUUGAUAAACUAUGCUAAGCAACCUGACCUAGCAAUACUUGCUGUAAAUACCUUUGUGAAGGAUUCACAGGAUCCGAAUCCUUUAAUUCGUGCAUUAGCUGUACGGACAAUGGGAUGCAUCCGUGUUGAUAAAAUCACAGAAUACCUGUGUGAUCCCCUUCAGAGAUGUCUCAAGGAUGAUGAUCCGUAUGUUAGAAAGACAGCGGCCAUUUGCGUGGCUAAACUUUAUGAUAUAAAUUCUGAGCUUGUGGAAGAUAGGGGAUUUUUGGAUACUCUCAAGGAUUUGAUUUCAGACAAUAAUCCAAUGGUCGUGGCAAAUGCUGUGGCUGCCCUUGCAGAGAUCCAAGAGAAUAGUAGUAGACCAAUAUUUGAGAUCACAAGUGCUACACUUUCAAAACUCUUGACUGCUCUGAAUGAGUGCACUGAAUGGGGUCAAGUUUUCAUACUAGAUGCCCUUUCCAAGUACAAGGCAGCUGACGCUCUUGAAGCUGAAAAUAUAGUGGAGCGAGUUACUCCAAGACUGCAACAUGCAAAUUGUGCAGUCGUACUUUCAGCUGUUAAGAUGAUCCUUCAACAAUUGGAACUCAUUACUAGCACCGAUGUGGUUCGAAAUCUUUGCAAGAAAAUGGCUCCUCCUCUUGUAACACUACUUUCAGCAGACCCUGAGAUACAGUAUGUUGCACUGAGGAACAUCAACCUUAUUGUACAAAGGCGGCCUACAAUCCUUGCUCACGAAAUCAAGGUUUUCUUCUGCAAGUAUAAUGAUCCAAUUUAUGUUAAGAUGGAAAAAUUAGAGAUUAUGAUAAAGCUUGCAUCUGAUCGGAACAUAGACCAGGUUCUGUUGGAGUUCAAAGAGUAUGCAACAGAGGUAGAUGUAGAUUUCGUUAGAAAGGCUGUUCGUGCUAUUGGCCGAUGUGCAAUAAAAUUAGAGAGAGCAGCUGAGCGGUGUAUAAGUGUUUUGCUUGAGCUGAUUAAAAUAAAAGUAAACUAUGUGGUCCAGGAGGCUAUUAUAGUCAUCAAAGAUAUCUUUAGACGAUAUCCAAACACUUAUGAGUCCAUCAUUGCAACACUCUGUGAGAGCUUAGACACUCUAGAUGAACCCGAGGCAAAGGCAUCAAUGAUCUGGAUUAUUGGUGAAUAUGCAGAAAGAAUUGAUAAUGCCGAUGAGCUCCUUGAAAGCUUCUUAGAGAGUUUCCCUGAAGAGCCUGCCCUAGUGCAGUUGCAAUUGCUUACUGCAACAGUCAAACUGUUUCUUAAGAAGCCAACUGAGGGCCCUCAACAGAUGAUUCAGGUUGUUCUUAACAAUGCAACUGUGGAAACAGACAAUCCAGAUCUGCGGGACCGUGCCUACAUUUAUUGGCGCCUUCUUUCAACUGAUCCUGAGGCAGCAAAAGAUGUUGUGUUAGCUGAAAAGCCUGUGAUCAGUGACGAUUCAAACCAACUGGAUCCUUCCCUGCUUGAUGAACUUCUGGCAAACAUUGCAACUCUUUCUUCUGUUUAUCAUAAGCCCCCAGAGGCAUUUGUGAGCCGUGUUAAAACUGCAAUCCAGAGGCCAGAGGAUGAUGAAUAUCCAGAAGGAAGUGAGACAGGCUAUUCUGAAUCCCCUUCUCAUGCUGUUGAAGGUGGGAGUUCAGCACCAACUAGUUCAAAUAAUACUCCAUAUGCUGCAACAAGGCAGCCUGUACCUGCACCUGCUCCUGCACCACCACCACCAGUCCCUGCUGCUCCAGUGCCAGACUUACUUGGUGACUUGAUAGGCCUGGAUAAUGCACUAGUUCCUGUGGAUGAACCUACAACACCAGCUGGCCCUCCUUUACCUGUUCUACUACCAGCUUCUAGUGGUCAAGGUCUGCAGAUCAGUGGACAGCUUACACGUCGAGAUGGACAGAUAUUUUACAAUUUGUUAUUUGAGAACAAUUCACAGAUCACUGUUGAUGGUUUCAUGAUUCAGUUCAACAAGAAUACAUUCGGUCUUGCACCUGCUGGACCCUUGCAGGUACCGCAAUUGCAACCUGGGUCAUCAGCAAGGACGCUUCUGCCUAUGGUGUUGUUCCAGAAUCUCUCUCCUGGUCCUCCAAGCACCCUUUUGCAGAUUGCCGUGAAAAAUAAUCAACAGCCAGUGUGGUACUUCAAUGAUAAAAUUUCAUUGCUAGUGUUCUUCUCUGAGGAUGGUAGAAUGGAGCGUGCACACUUCCUUGAGACAUGGAAGUCCCUACCAGAUUCAAAUGAGGUCACAAAGGACUUGCCAGGAGCUGUGGUGAACAGCGUGGAGGCCACUCUUGACCGCCUGGCUGCAUCCAACAUGUUUUUUAUUGCCAAGCGGAGGCAUGCAAACCAGGAGGUGUUGUAUCUCUCAGCAAAGAUCCCUCGGGGAAUUCCUUUCUUGAUUGAACUCACAGCAGUAGUUGGCAUCCCUGGUGUGAAGUGUGCGAUCAAGUCACCAAACCCUGAAAUGGCAUCACUGUUUUUUGAAGUGAUGGAGACACUUCUCAAUGGCUGAUUGUGUUGGCUAUACCUCUUGUACACUACUGUAAAAUGUAUUGUUCAGGCUUUGUAAUUUCUCCUCUCGUCUUAUUUUUUUGGUUUAUCCAGUUUUGAGUGUUUAAAGCUGUGGGUGUUCUGUUGGAAGGGCUAUUCUGUUCUGGCAUAAGCCUGCAGGUUGAUUAAAAUGGUUCACUUUGGGGAAUGUGAUUUGCCUCAGUCAAAUUUUGAUACAUGAGUUGCUUAGAACUGUUCCACGAGAUUGAUA